AUAAUUAAAAACAUCUCCAUAUAAAUAAAAAUUCUAUUCACUAAUUUCGUUUCAGGAUUGAGACAAAUAUAGACUAAACUCCCCUUUCUAAGGCUGGGGAGAAGCUUAAUUAGGGGUUAGAAGAUAUGCCAUUUAAAUUGUUUUUGGCAAACCUCAAACUUCGCUUUUUGAUCAAACAAAUAAAGAGCCUAACAUUUAAAGAAAAGUUUUUUUUUUGCGGGAUUAUUAAUUAAUUAACUAACGUAUAAUGGCGCGCCUUCACCUAGUUCUCCUCCUCCUCCUUUUGGUUGCCGUCUCCGCGGUGUUGGUAUCAGCGGCUGAGAAACCACCAUCGGCGACCACGGCCGAAGCUCCCGCCGCAACAACUCCAACCGAUGUAGCGGAGGUUCCAGCUGGAGACGCCAACACCAUCGGAACAACCGACGACGAUGCAGCUGCUACUCCGGGAGAUGACGACGUAGCAGUAGCAGGUCCUAUCGGAAGCGAUUCUUCAUACGCAAACUAUCCGCCGGCUCAAGAAACUUCCGGAAGCUGUGUCACAUGCACGAUUGGCUUUGCUCUUAUCUCUGCUGCGACGGUUGGUUCGCUCUUCUUAAUUUUCUGAGCUGCAUGCGUGGAGUUAAGGAAAGUAAAUUAUAUGGUAAGUAUGGAUGUUUUGUAAUGUUUUUUUUUGUAGAUGUGUAAGCAUUUUGCUUGUCCCAUCAUCUAUAAGAUUAGGACGAUACAGAUCACCACAUCAUAAAACUCUUGUAUUUGAUAUGGCUCUAUGGUUUAGUCUUACUAUAUGUAUUGUGAAUAUCCCAAAUCCAGUAAUUUCGUGCAUGGAACCUAACGACAAUAA